AAUUAUCACCUUAAAACCGACUUAAAAAAAGAGAUUAUAACUUUCGACAAUUAGGAUUACUCGUAGAAGAAGUGAAGGAAGAGAAAAAAGAUGGACAGAGAGUGGGGAUCGAAGCCAGGAAGCGGUGGCGCCGCCACUUCUCAGAAUGAAGCCAUCGACCGUCGCGAACGUCUCCGUCGUCUCGCCCUCGAGACCAUCGAUCUCGCCAAAGACCCUUAUUUCAUGCGCAAUCAUCUCGGCAGUUACGAGUGUAAGCUGUGUUUGACAUUGCACAACAAUGAGGGUAACUACUUGGCUCAUACGCAAGGAAAGCGGCAUCAGACUAAUUUGGCCAAGAGAGCUGCGCGUGAGGCUAAGGAGGCUCCUGCUCAACCUCAGCCUAAUAAACGCAAAGUUAAUCUUCGUAAAACUGUCAAGAUCGGUCGACCUGGAUACCGAGUAACUAAGCAAUUUGAUCCUGAGACAAAGCAGAGGUCUCUUCUUUUCCAGAUAGAGUAUCCUGAGAUUGAGGACAACUCAAAGCCAAGGCACCGGUUUAUGUCUUCCUUUGAGCAGAGGGUUGAAGCUUUUGACAAAAGAUUUCAAUAUCUCAUGUUUGCUGCAGAGCCUUACGAAAUUAUAGCUUUCAAGGUUCCUAGCACAGAGAUCGACAAGUCUACUUCCAAAUUCUUCUCACAUUGGGAUCCCGACUCCAAGAUGUUCACGUUACAGUUAUAUUUUAAGGCCAAGCCACCAGAGGCGAGCAAACCACAACCUCCUCCAGCACCAAAUGGCACUUCUGCUCCAGGGGUCCCACCGAGGCCUCUUGCCCCACCUCCGCAUGCUCCUCCACCUCCACCCCCGCAGGGACCUCCACCUAGUGCUCCAUCUGGAAAUCCUCUAAGAAUGCCGCCACCUCCUCCACCACCUUCAAUGGGCAAUGGUCCGAGGCCCUUGCCUUCUGGUGCACCACCUCCCCCAGCUGGGAGUGCAGGUAUGUCAAACUUCUCGAUGGGGAACCAACCGCCUCCUCCACCCCAUGGUUUCCCUGGUCAACAGAUGCAAGCACCACCACCCCCACCUCCCAACAUGGGCCAGUAAUUGAAUCUAUAGUAGUUUUGGUCUGGGAAUUUUGUACUAAGCUCAAAGUUGUUUUCGUGAUCGCCUUGUAUAAGAUUGUACUAUUAUAGGUUCGUUUUCUAAUGGGGAAAAUAUCAGAAUUAACAAUCUUUUGAGAAGGAUGGACGAUUAUUUUUCGUAAUUACACUGCAACUUAUCCUUUGUAAUUGCUUGCAUUUUAGUAUUAUCCUUUGUUGUGUGUC